AUGCGGUUAUUUGGGUCUAUUUUGGUCGGUGUUGCUAUUAUUGUCCAGUGGAUAAAUGCCGAAAACUUGUACGAUGGUUCUCCACAUAUUGUUGAAUUGACACCGAAGAAUUUUGAAAAGGUAGUGGACCUAACUAACUAUACCAGUGUGGUUGAGUUCUAUGCUCCAUGGUGUGGGUACUGCCAACGAUUGCAGGGGACCUUUAAGAAGGUAGCGAAGGCUUUGGAUGGUGUUGUGCAGGUUGCUGCGGUGAAUUGUGAUGAAGCUAAGAACAAGCGGCUUUGUGCCAAGCAUCGGAUACAAGGAUUCCCAACAUUGAUGGUGUUCAGGCCUCCUAAGGUAGAUGUGAAUAAGCCUGGGAGUGUGACCAAGCGGUCUAUGCGGCAUGGGAUGGAGGUUUACUCGGGAGCACAGGAGGUGAAACCGUUGGUGAACUUUGCGGUUUCUCGGAUCAAGAACUAUGUUACCAAAUGGAUGCAUAUCGGCAAGUUGGGCGAUGUUGUUCAGAACACUGACAGCAGUAUUAGAUAUGCUGCGUUGCUUAUUUCGAAGAGGGAUAUGAUUUCCCCAGUGUACAAGAGUAUUGCUAUUGACUGGUUGGGCAAAAUUGAGUUCUAUUACAUUAGCCAUGCUAGGUUGGCAGGCGCUAAGUCGUUUGAAUUACCAUCUCAUCCGAACAUCGAAGCAUUCGUGCGGGGUUUGAUCACAGCCGAUCAUGAAGAGAGUAAACUAGUAUUGUUUGAUAAAGAAAAGGAUGAACUCCAUGUGUUCGGUGAGGGAGCAAUUAAAAAAUUGAAUGUGGCUACAUUCUUAUCACAAUUUGAGACUCCACAAGAAGGCCCACUCUCGAAGAGAGAAGAUUUUUUGAAUUCCUUAAAGACAGGCUCAAAAAAGACGUCCUCCAAGAAACAUAAGAAACAGCAAGAAUUAGAUCAUGAUGAACUGUAG